AUGUCAAACUUAUUUUCUGGGAUUAGUGGACGUUUUCGGGCUGGUGGUAAGAAUGGCGGUGCCAAAAGUCCCGGAACGCCAAAUGGAGCACAGCCAACAUCACCUACAGGCAAUCCGCAAGGCAAUGCGUCGGCUACCAGCCUAGCUCCAAGAGUCCCUCCGCUCCCAAACUCUCCUUCGCUCUCUCAAACCCUCUCCAUGGAUGACUCAGCUUCAACCCACAGUCUUCCUAGCAAUAGCAAUGACCCUCUUGCAUGUUACAACCUCCCUCGGCCCAAGCCCCUUUGGCUUAAUGACAUGUAUUCAAAGCACAUCGUCAAGGGCAACUUCAUGACAUUGUCAGCUCGGCCGAAGACAGUGGAGCAAGGUGAAUGGAUUGCUCAUCAGGUCGUGGAGCAUUAUCGCAACCUCUGGAACUUUGUUCGAGUAAUCCACGAGAAGGAUGAAGAUGGGACAUCAGCUUGUAAUCCCCGGACAUGUCCCCGCAUGUCAGCUGGCGAUAACCACUCAUUCACCUGGUUGAAUUCCCGCAAAGAGCCCGUUGAAGUCCCCGCCUCCGAGUACAUAUCUCUCAUGCAACGGUGGAUAUCAGGGAAGAUCGAUAAUACGGCCUUAUUCCCAACUGACCCAGCCGGUGUUUCUUUUGCACAAAAUCCCAGCGGGCCCGCCAUUGCUAGUGUUACAUAUCCUUCUGGUAGCCUUGAUACCCCAGGCUCAAGCACGCCCAUACCAGCUGGCCCCACCUCCUUGAGCGCUUCUCUCUCCCAGCUUGCCGGCCCUGGCGAUUGGGUCGGGAAAAGCAGUGGUUUUCCCGUUGAGUUUGUUGACGUGUGCCAGACAAUCUUCCGCCAGAUGUUCCGUGUCUAUGCGCAUCUCUACUGGGCACAUUUCGUCGAUCCAUUCUAUCACCUUAGCUUGGAGAAGCCUCUUAACAGCUGUUUCAGCCACUUUAUCCUGACCGCCACCGAAAUCGAUAUGUUGAAGCCUCAUGAGCUGGAGCCAAUGCAACCAUUGAUCGACCUUUGGGCAGCUAAUGGUACUUUCGCCAAGGAGUCAAAGGCUUACGCAUGUGCCAACCUCAAAUCCGGAGAACGCCUACUUCAUCUUGCUAAUAAUAGUGGAUAA